CUUCACUUUGUUGUGCAUCCCACCCACGUGCCUCUGCAGUCGGUCAGUGAUAACGAUGCAUCCACCCACCCACCCACACACACACAUCCAUCCAUCCAUCUGCAUGCCUUGCCUGUCCCUCCCUUAGUCUUCCCCCCUGAUCAUGAAGGCGCCAAAACUGCACACACAGUGUCUGUCGAUCAGCCUGUCUGUCUGUCUGUCCGCAGUCGCGGAUCAAUAGGUCGAUAAACUGCUGCCUCCCAGUCCUUCAGCACGGGCAGCCUGCUUCAAUCCAAUUAUACAAAUGAUGGAUAGAUACCUCAAGCAGAGCCGGGAUGCUGUCUGUGUCCACAAACGGGUCGGCGGGCGGGCUUCUCGUCAUCUGUACUCGUCCUGCUUGGGCAGCGGGAAGUCGACGAAGUCCCCUGCAUACCAUCACGCGAGUCACACAUACACAACACGCACUCAGUGUGUGCGCGUGUGGGUUUGGUGCGUGUCUACCAUUCUCGAAGAUGCACCUUCGUGGCGAGAAGCCCACCAGAAUCCCACGGUCCUGCAGCCACCAGUACCCCAGGCCAACAAAAAAGGCAGAUUCGCAUUGAAAAGACGUUCUCGCAUCUCUCUCUCCCUCGCUCCCUGCCUGUGUGCCUGCCUGUGUGUGUGGCAUAUAUCCGUGGGUACCAGCAGGACGAGUUGGUUGAGUCUCUUGGCCGCCCUGUAGGCCUUUUCAAAGCUCUGGAACCGCAGCACGAGCAUCCCGUGGUUGUGCCACUCGAGGUUGUUGAGCUGGUAGCGCGUCCGCAGGCACGACGCCGCGUCCUGCUCCUCCGCACGAAUGGGAAACGACUCGCGCCAAAACGGACUCUGACGUCAGUCAGUCACACACAAAGGAGACUUGCCGAUCGAUCCCCUGUUCCUUCUCACUCACGCACGCACCUCAUAUUUGUGUGUGGAUCGUGGGUAGAAGCUCUCGGGGUCGUCAGGGACGCCCCGCGGGGAAACAGCAGGCACCAACGGGACGCCCAGAGACAGUGAUGACGACACACUUGAGGUGGCGUCGUGGACGGCCACCCCAUUCUCGCGCAUCACCUCUGCCCAGCCGUCUGCAGCCCGUCUGGCGGUGUCCUCCCUGGCCUUGAGCUUCGCCGCCAGCUGCUGCACGGCGGCAGGGAGGGGCGGCGCCGACCACUGAAAUGGGGGGAGAGGGGGAGGGUGAGGGACGGCAGGAGACUGAGAGUCACCGAUAGCAGCGGCAGCAGGGGGCGGUUGUGCUGGUUGGGGAUCGUGACGGUCUCCUUGUGUGUCUGCCGUCGGCCGGUCUUCGGCAGCAGCCGGUGACGAUGAGUGGAUGGGCUCCUCAGUAGGGAGGUCCUCAUCUGUGCCGAAGAUGCUCGACAUGCCGUGGGGGACCGCCGGCAGCGACCCUUCCAUUCCACCUCCACCCAUGCACAUCAUCUGCUGAUGCUGAUGCUGGUGCUGGUGGUGGGUGGUCUCUGUCUCGAGCACAUAGGCGAAGUCCUCCUCGACCUCCACUGGCUGGUGCUCGUCGUGUUCCUCGUCGUGGCCGUGGCCACCGUUGAGACCCUUGCGGCCAUCCACAGGCUGAGCUGGGAGGCCGUUGAGAGCCAAUGGUGCAGAGCGAAGGGGGGACCCAGAGCGUGGGUUGCCGACUGUGGGUGGUGACGAUGGAGGUGCCGUCUCUGCUGCGGUUGCUCCGGUCCUCUUCUUUUUGUUUGUGUGGUCGUGAGGUGAGCCAGCCCCAGCGGCGGUGGCGUCGUCGAGUGCCUCGCACUGGAUCGACAGCACACGGCCCGACUGAGCCUCAACCUGAUGAUAGAUAGACACACACACAUCCAUCCAUCCAUGCAUCCAUCCAUCCCAUGCUGCAACUUGCUGCCCUGGCUGACCUUGAGUUUGUUGUAGUUCCAUAUCUUCGGGUUGGUCAUCUCCAGGAGCACCCUCGACGACACGGGCGACGAGGGGGUGAGCGUGGCCGGCUGGCCGUCGGCAUCCACCUGCUUGUCCUGCUGCUGGUUCCUGGAAAUGGCGGCCACGUGCGACACAGCGCGGGACUCAACCGUCAGCGCACGGCUGAAGAUCUCAAGCAAAUCUGACACGCGCACCAUGACACACACACACGGAUCCAUGGUCGGUCAACAGGCAAGCUGUGCGUGUGGGCAACUGAUAGGUAGCUAGUUACCUACCUUCGUGUCUGAAUUGGUAUGGUACGUUGGUGACGAUGAGUGUCUUGCGCUGCUCGGCCGGCUCGGGGUACACCAGACGCCAGACGUUGGUGCGAGACCUCUCACUCUGGCAUCCAUCAAGGAAAGGAAAGGCAGGGCACACAAGCACCAGCAGUGAGCUGCACAGACGUGCUGGCUGAUGCUCUGUGAAAGGUGGGUGUGGCCUGGCCCUUGCUGCCUCCCUGCCUCACCCCGCAGAGGACGCCGAACGUCCGGAGUGCGCUGCGUGUGGCCCGCUCCUUCUGAUGCUUCUCGGCAAACUCUGAUGGAUGGAUGGGUGGGCUGACUUCAGUGUGUCAAGAUGCAUUCAGUGUUGUUUGUUCUUGCCAAUGAGAGCGAAUACGGGUGAGAAUCUGGCCCUGAUCUUCUCCUCACUCGCAGCGUCGCCCUUGAUGGCCAAACUCCUCUGCACCCAUACACACGUACCCACAGUAUGACUGACUGGGUGCGCCACAUCCUUUGACUGACAGCCCAGCCGACAGGUCUCACCUGCAUUUCGGUGUCGAUGGUCCUCAGCCGUUCGUUGAAUAUCUCGACCUUACACACACGACCACAGGGCCGAAAGGCCUGAAACAGAAAGCGGCAAACCAACAGUAGAUCAGCGUUCGUGCUCGUGGCGCAUCUGCACGUCUGCCCUCUGCCCUCUCGCCCAGCCUACCCUACCCACCCUCUGUAUGUCCCGCGGCGUCACGUCCGCAGGAAGGUUUGUGACCAACACCUGAUUGGUCAGUCAAUUUGUGCGCACACACACACAUUCACACAUGCAGGUCAGGUCGCGUUGUGUGGAUGGUUCUGUCUUUACAUACCCUUUUCCUGCUUCUUGUUCCGUCGGGCUCCACCUCCGGGUGGUCCCACGUGACGGUCAUGUCUGCGAUCUUCUUAUGCUUCAUUGCCGUCGGUGGCGGUGGCCUGACACACAGAGGGAGGGAGGGAGGGAGGGAGGGAAACAGACGCAAGACAGAAUCACAACCCCAUCCAGUCAGCCAUCCUCUUCGUCUGCGCGUCCCCCCAGUCACCUCUUAACGAGUCGCCUCGCCGCCAGAGGGUCGUUGUCGACCGCCGACCGACCUGCAGACGACAGCGUCGACGCAGCCGCCUGCGGUGCCCCCACCCGCCCCUUGGCGUCCUCGUGAUCGGGUGGAUCUUCGUCGUCCGCCUCGGAGUCUUCGUCGUCCGAGAAAAGGUCCGGGUCGUCGAGGUCGAUGCCCGACCGGGAGGAGAGGGCGAACAUGGAAUAGUCGCUCAACACAGACUGGGGGAGGUUGUCGACGUCAGGCUCACGCUGAUGUCAAAUCAGUCAGUGACAUGGCAUGCGUGUGUGUGGAUUCGUUGUAUGGAUGUGCUGAUGUGUGCUAACGUAUGGUGACGAGGCGUCGUCUUGGAUGUCGGAGGAAGCCUCGAGGUGGUCGGGGCUGAUGAAGUCCACGGCACGACGCAGGCGAUCCAAGCAUAGACCCUCAUCCAAACCUGCAUUGAUCAACCAACCAAUACACACACAACACACAGACGGACAGCGCAUUCAUUGCAUUCUCUGUUCAUUCCCCAUCCACUGCACGGCUUUCUGUCUGGAGCACCCACCAGCCCCCCCACGCACCGGUGUCUUUGAAGAUGCCCCUCUCCCGGACCUCCUUGACCAGGCGGCCCUUGCUGGCGUCGCUCCCCUGCGUCCGCUUGUAGUGCCUUAUCUUGUCAAUCAACACGUCCAUCUUAGCCCGGGGCACCCGCCCCGCCAACUCGCUGCACAGCUUCGACGCCACCACGCACCCCGCCUCCCUGUCCACGUCGUCAUCACGGUCAGCCGACUGCGAGGCAGCGAAGGGGAGAUCGUGUGUGACCCACUGGUCGCUCGUGCGGUGGUGGCUGACGGCCACCUGCUGCUGCAGCUGCCGCGAUGAGGGCCGCGAGUGUGGACGGCAUGCUGAUGCUGAGGCGGCACACACCACAGGCGCAUUGGCCCAUCUGAAUGGCGGUGGGCAGGGGAGGGGGAGGGACGAGGCGGGGAGGUGAGCUGAUCUGCUUGUGGCUGCCAUGGCCACCCUCCGCCGCACGUGUUGCUCGAUGAGUUCGAGGGACCGGGAGAGGCCCGAACGCGGCACCGCCAGCUCGUACUGAUUCAUGACUGAUGCACGCGACACCGUCGUCGACCAAGUGCCAGAUAAGUCAUAUGACAAGACUCUAAGACAUGCGAGC